AACCAUGUGAAUGUUUGUUUUUGGCUUCACCUCAACUGAACUCAAGUGCAUUUUUUUGUCGUCUCGAAAACUACCCAGAAGCUCUUUUCUAAAUACAGUCCUCGUGAAAUGAGGCUGCAUAUAUAUUUGUACACCACUGUGGCCGUCCAAUGCCCAUAAAGACUUUUACAGCACGCUUUCUGACACUCUCACUCUUUAUGUACUUCACAAUUUCUCUCUGCAACCCGUGAUUUCAUCAGAAGAAAAGCAAACAGAAGAAGGGGAGCACACUGGGCUUUUGUUUUGCAUAGAUUCGGGCUUUUGUUUUGAAUAGAUUUGGGCUUUUUUCAUGGAGGCAGAGAAAAAUAUGCAGGAGGAUUUGGGGGAUUUUGAUGGGCAGCCAAAUGCAGAUGAUCAAGUUAAUGAGGAGGUGAAGUUGAAGUACAGUAGCAGAAAGAUUUUUCUUCAGAGUUAUCCCCUGCUGUGGGAGAAGGAGAUUGAGAGGCUAACUGUUAUAAAAUCCAUGCAGCGCCGCCUCAGGAUUGUGGUGGCUAAGCUGGUUUUGCUCAAGAAGUUCAAGCCCAAGAUUGCUGCAAGUGCAUUCUUUGUGGGUUCUUGCAGUAGCCGGAGCUUUAACUUGCACAUGACCCUGUUUGAGGCUUCUAAUAAGCCAGAGCCAUUGAAGGUCUAGUGCUUUUUUUUGUUUCUAUUUCUUGAGGUUGUUCCUUUUUUUGGGUUUUUGUUUUUCUCGGGGCUAUCUCAGCCCAGUGAUGUACAUUGUAAGAAUGCUUGUUUAUGGCAUGUAUAUCUCAAGAAUACAAGGCGUUUUGAUGUUCUUA